UCAGGAGUCUACAGAAGUAACGCUUUCACUCAACUGUUGCCAAGGACCCAAUAACACAUGUUGGAUCUCGAAAAUCGAUUCUUUGACACGGUCACGCCAUCGUUAAUAGCUUUUAUUGACAGAAAACAUGAGACUGACUUUUUGCUCCGGACAGUGGUAAGUUUGGGACGUUAUGUCAUGUGGGUGUGCAGCCCCACCAGCCAGUUGGGGAUUGCAUCCAUAGCACACCAUACACUGGAAUAAGACAGCCUACAUCUCGGCUCUCCCUUCAUCUGGAUGACACGGUGCUACUUUGGAUGGCGAGAAAACAAUACUCCACCAUAAGUGGCUUGCAAACACGAAGAAACGCCCCUACAGCUUUGACGACAUUGUUUGCACACAGACACAAUCCUCAGACGACUGUUACCAACAGUGAUUGUCUCCUCAGGGUCAACAUGAAGAGAUGACAUUGCAGCUAUGGGUUUUCCUCACGGUCUCCCUUGCCACACUGACGUACCAUAUUAACAAAGUGAAGUGUUGUCUAAACGAAGCGGAAAGUCUCACAGCUCAGCUCUACAAACAAGGCAUUGUGUACCCCGAUAUGGAUUCCCUAAGAAACGGUGCUCCGCAGAGGUGUUCCUGGGUGAUAUCCUCGCAGAGAGCCAAUGACGUCAUCCGGUUCCACAUCACUGAUUGGUUCGGCCCCGCCUCCCACAGUUGUACUAGGGAUUACAUGGUUGUUAAAGAUGGUCCUAGCCCCCUGAGCCCCAGUCUGAGGGUGGUGUGCGGGGACACACAUUUCAAGGGAAACGUCACCUCGACUUUCGGGGCCAUCUAUAUCCAGUUCCACGUGCAGGUGGACGAUGCCAGCAGAGGAUUUGCACUGGAGUACUGGAGUGUCGACAACAGCCCCAUCAUGAACAAGCCCCCUGUAUAUGGCACAGCCAACUACAUCCUAAUAUUCGUCAGUGUGGCCGUCACGGCGACGUUCCUUGGGGGACUGACGUACCUGUUCUACCGGGAGAAGUCCAGGGAAAGAGCGGUCAAAGCCGGCAAAAUGAAACAGAUGUUACAACGGAGGAGGCAGGGUAUCAGCGGUAUAUCGGGGCUAGAAGAUUCCGGUGUGGAACAGGGAGAUGAUUUCGAAACAAGCAAAACGGAUGUGACGUCAUUUGUGGAAACACCGUCCCCAGCCUCGAGUAAUUGGAAAGUGUGAAAACUGUGUUUGCAUUGAAUACACUAUGUUUGCUAAAUCAGCAUUAAACAAACAAGAAGUCAGAAACAUUAGAAAGUGUCUGACGCAGUGCCUUCUGCGGGUACAUGGAUUUCAAAUACUAUCGGCAAACGACUUUCGCCUUACGUGAUAAUUAUUUGUCCGAAAACAUUGAUGAAUGGAAACAAACAAAUAUUUUGUCGAAGGAUAUGUAUGUGUGGGUUGUCAAACUUUGUCGACUAUUCCACUAGGGUUAAUUAUACUACUAAAAAAAGCAAGCUUUGUCGACAGCACCAUAUCCGUGCCCGAGGGUUGCGCGGCAAGGUGAAAAACGUCUCAGAUUGAGCUCCAACACCAUGCUGACACGCAUGAAGUAACUGAUAUACUGUUCAAAUCAGCCUUAAGAAAAACCAAUCAACGUGGUCGUGCAUGCUUUAACUGAAUGACAAGGCGCGUACUUUAGUUACACUGACACAAUGACCGAUGGGAGUGAAGAACGAAAUGUAACAGCAGUCUGUACUUAUAUGGUUAAAAUGGAAAAAAUGUGCUUUGUUCAUGGCGUGUUCGCAUUCCUCACAAGUGUACAUGGAGAACGACGUUUCAAAUUUAUGUGUAUUUUGAAGACAGGAAUACGUCUUCCUCUGAUGAAAAAUAUUAUAUUAUUUUAUUUCGUUUUAUUUUAGUCCUUUUUUUCUGCAAAGCCUUAAUUCAUUUUGAUCCCAUCCAUGUUGUGCAAUCCAUGUUUGCAAGGCAAGCUUUGUUGUAAGACGCUUGAAGUUUCCUACCAAACAGGGACAGGGGGCAAUUUAGAAAACAAAUAAUAGGGUGACGUACUGGCACAUAAAUCGUAUUGCAAUAUAUCGCAAUAGGGAGAGCCGUGUUGCGAUACAUAAUGGGGCCCCAAUAAUAUACAUCUGUGCUGUUCUUAUUGUACUUUCAUUCAAUAAUCCAGACUUCAGAUUGCGAGAUGGGUAGUAUGGAUAAACGAGACUACCUAUAAUGUCAUAAAUAUCGAAUGUUCAUGUAAACAUCGUGGAGCAUGUGCUGUUUACAUGGUUUAGGUAGGAACCCAGUCGAUCCAAAUGCCUCAAGAAAGUAGAUAUUAUUUACAUAAUUAUAUGCUAAUUCUUCUGUGACUAGUGGAAAAUAUCAAUACGCAAAGUUUGUAUUGCAAUACGUGUAUUUCUGAAGGCCUAGCAAAUAACUAAAUUGGUGUUGGCUGUAUUUUCUUAAUUGACGAAUUAAAUUUGAAAUUCAUACAAAGAAAUAUUUAUCAAGUUUUUUCUUUCUCCAGUAUGGAAUGUGAUUGUCUUAUCCGGAGAAAUGGUUUACAGUUUGUUUGAAAAACAAAUCCAGACGAGAAUGUUCCAUACUAUCUUGUAAUUAAGUUUGAUUUGCCAUCUCUUCAAUUCUUUGUGAUGAAGCCAUUACCUUACUUCAGAGAGUUUAUAUAAUGCCUCUAGUUCUCAUGGCUGAAUAUUGAAUUUAUUAUCUUCUAUUUAAAACAUCGGAGGUCACAUGGCGUCAACGUGGGUUUUUUUACGGAAAUACAAUCCAUGUUGCUUAAGUGCAUCAACGAAACAUUACUAAAGGAACAGAAGCUAACCUUUAUUCAGCGAGUAUGGAUGAUGUGUUGAACCACCUGAUUUGUCCCCAAACCUACAUACUAUCCAACACUUGGAUUUAUUAAAUGACUAUACAAUAUGACUCGAUUAUAUUU